ACAGUUUCUUAUAAGCGAGUCAGCCCGAGUCCUCGAUUUUCCCGUGCAAGAUGAUGCUGCUGCCGCUGCUCCUGGUGGCUUUGGCGGCGUACGCAAAUGCCGCGAUCAGCGAGGUGCGACCCCACAGCAACCGCCCUGGCAGAUUUCUGUCCCUACCGGUGCCGCAGAAGUGCGCCAACAGGCCAAAGGAAUUCAACUACAGAGGCCACAACUUGUUCUUCAGCGGUCACGUACCGGCUCAUGCAAAUCAGAAAGUCGACUGGUUAGACGCUAGAAAUAUCUGCAGAGAAUACUGUAUGGAUCUCGUAUCAUUGGAGACGCAAGAAAAGAAUAAUAUGAUCUUCAGGCUUAUCCAGCAAAAUGACGUGCCAUACAUCUGGACAUCGGGUCGACUGUGCGACUUCAAGGGCUGCGAGAACCGUCGCGACCUCGAGCCCAAGUCGAUCUACGGCUGGUUCUGGUCGGCCAACCGCGAAAAGAUGGCCCCGACCAACCAGCUGCCCCUCGGCUGGGGUUUCAACCCCUGGUCCCAGACCGGCCACAAGAAGGUCCGCCAGCCGGACAAUGCCGAAUUCGACAUUAACGGCACCCAGGAGUCCUGCCUCUCGGUCCUCAACAACGUCUACAACGACGGCAUCGCCUGGCACGACGUCGCCUGCUACCACGAGAAGCCCUUCGUCUGCGAGGACAGCGAGGAGCUCCUCAACUACGUGGCGAGCACCAACCGCGGCAUCCGCCUCUAAGCCCUCGGAUCGCCCCCUUAAACGCUAGUUUAAUGCUGAACGCGGAGACCCGCCGUUUUUU